AUGAUCUUCGUCGCCCGUCAACUUCAGGAGAAGUGCCAGGAGAUGCGGACCCACCUGUACUCUACCUUCAUGGACCUGACGAAAGCCUUCGACACGGUGAAUCGUGAAGGACUGUGGAAGAUCAUGCAGAAAUUCGGCUGCCCGGAGCGAUUCACUCAGAUGGUGCGUCAGCUGCACGACCGUAUGAUGGCGCGAGUCACGGACAACGGAGCCGUCUUAGAGGCAUUCGGAGUGACCAAUGGAGUGAAGCAGGGCUGCGUGCUGGCACCAACCCUCUUCAGUCUUAUGUUCUCUGCCAUGCUGAUGGACGCCUACCGCGACGAACACCCUGGUAUCCGCAUCGCCUACAGAACGGACGGUCAUCUCCUGAAUCAACGGCGCAUGAACUUCCAAUCGCGCGUAUUCACAACCACCGUGCACGAACUCCUCUUCGCCGACGACUGCGCCCUGAACACCACCUCCGAAGCGGAGAUGCAACGGAGCAUGGACCUAUUCUCCGCCACCUGCGAGAACUUCGGUCUGGUCAUUAACACGCAGAAGACGGUGAUGAUGCACCAACCGCCACCCAACUCGGCCACAGCCCCCAACGCGCCGCCGCAAAUCAACGUGAACAGAACCCAACUGCAAGUGGUGGAGAACUUCCCGUACCUGGGCAGCACGCUCUCCCGCAACACCAAGAUCGACGACGAAGUCGCCAACAGGAUCUCGAAAGCCAGUCAAGCCUUCGGUCGCCUCCAAAGCACAGUUUGGAAUCGCCACGGUCUCCAACUGAGCACAAAGCUGAAGAUGUACAAGGCCGUCAUCCUGCCGACGUUACUGUACGGAGAAGAGACAUGGACGGUGUACACGAGACAGGCAUGCCGUCUGAACCACUUCCACCUCAGUUGUCUCCGUCGCAUCCUGAGGCUGAACUGGCAGGAUCGCAUCCGCGACACUGAUGUGCUAGAACGUACGGGAAUGCUCAGCAUCUGCACCAUCCUGAGACAAAUGCAUUUGCGCUGGAGCGGCCACCUGGUGCGCAUGGGCGACGAGCGACUACCCAAACCACUCUUCUGCGUAGACGUCGCGACGGGUUCUCGCCGUCAAGGUGGUCAAAUUUGUUGAUACAAGGAUACUCUGAAGUCCUCCCUGACGCGCCUGCAAAUCAACCCGACCGACUAGGAAGAGCUCGCACACGAUCGACCGACCUGGUGGAGGACGGUGUAGACAGGCGCUGCGAUCUACGAAGCCAACCGCAUCGUCGCCGCCAAAGCAAAACGCGAAGCCCGCAAAUCACAACUUCGCCCAGUCCGCAACGCCGCCGCACAACCUCUCACUACGUGUCCUCGAUGCCACCGGACAUUCCGGGCACGAAUCGGACUUGUUGGACAUCUCCGAACCAACUGCACCUCUCGAACUGGUCCAGCUAUCGUCCCCCCGCCCGCCUCUUCCUCCUCUCUUCCGCCAACUAACUCUGACAUUACUUCUGCACCACCACUUCCAUCCUCCUCCUCCUCCUCCUCCUCCUCCUCCUCCUCCUCCUCCCCCCCACUGUCCCAGCGGCGGCCGCUCAGGCGGCCGUCUCGCACAUCAACCCCGACACAACAACCGACACCACCCCCACCUCCCCCGAAUCCAGUGAUGAGGAUCAGGACUACACCUGCCCUCACUGCGACCGCACCUUCACCUCACACAUCGGCCUGGUCGGUCACUUGCGAAUCCAUCGUACAGAGACUGGCGAACCAGUGCCUGGAGCACCAACCUAUACCCACCGCACUCGCCUCCACUGCCCACACUGCCCUCGCACCUUCAGGCAUCGCGUGGGCCUAUUUGGCCACAUGCGCACCCACGAGAGCGGCAUUGACCGCAAUCCCGACACACCCACCACAUCCAUCAUAUCCACCGUGCACACCCCCACCCUCGCUUCAUCCAUCUGCGUCACCAUCACCAUCACCGCCUCCUCCGUAGCUGACACUGACACCGCCGAAUUCACAUGCCCAAACUGUCCACGUACAUUCACCUCACGCAUCGGCCUGGUCGGUCACUUGCGAAUCCAUCGCACAGAGACUGGCGAACCAAUGCCUGGAGCACCCACCAAUACCCGCCACGCUCGUCUCAAUUGCCCACACUGCCCUCGCACUUUCAGACAUCGCAUGGGCCUAUUCGGCCACAUGCGCAUCCACGACGACCUGCGGUAG